AUAUUGUUUUAAUUUUGCUUAUAAAACGAGUUUAAAAUUUUGAGACGUGAGUAGUAGUAAAUGAAUUAUUACGAUGGAAGUGUCUGCACCGGUUGAGUUUUUGACACCUUUGGUGGUUCCUAACAAAUUAUUGUUAGGACCUGGACCAUCUAACUUCCCAGACAGAGUAAGGGAAGCUCUUUCACAUCCUGUUUUAGGUCAUCUACAUCCGGAAACUUUGAAGAUAAUGGAUGACUUGAAAGAAGGUUUCAAGUAUCUGUUUCAAACGACAAAUCCUUUAACAUUAUGCAUAUCUGCAAGUGGACAUGCAGGAAUGGAAACUGGCCUUGUAAAUCUAUUAGAAAAAGACGACGUUAUCUUGAUAGCUCAUUCUGGUAUUUGGGGUGAACGUGCAGCUGACAUGUCUAAGAGAAUUGGCGGAGAUGUGCGCUUAAUAAAAAAGCCUUUAGGUGAACAGCUUUCACUUCUUGAAGCGCGAAAACAUUUCGAGCUUCAUAAACCGAAAGUUUUCUUUAUAACACAUGGAGAAUCUUCAACGGGAAUGCUUCAAAAUCUUGACGGAUUUGGAGAGUUGUGUCAUGAAUAUAAUUGCAUUUUUAUGGUUGAUGCUGUCAUCACGCUAGGUUGUGUGCCAUUUUAUGCAGAUAAAUGGAAGAUUGAUGUUGCAUAUUCAGGCUCACAGAAAGUUUUAAACGCUCCACCAGGUAUAACGCCAAUAACAUUUAAUUCAAGGGCAAUUGAUAAAAUAACAUCACGCAAAACUCUUGUUCAAAGCUUUAAUUUUGAUAUGCAUUUGUUGGGUGAAUAUUGGAAUUGUUUUCCAAAUAAGAAGAGAAUUUAUCAUCACACUGUGUCUCCUACUUUACUUUAUGGAUUGCGGGAAUCUUUGGCGAUGUUUAUUGAACAAGGCGGAUUAGAAGCAUCGUGGAAGAAACACGCGAUGAUAUCGCAAAACUUAUACAAGAAACUUGAAGCAAAUGGCUUGUCGUUAUUUAUUAGGAAUGCUAAUGAACGAGCACCUUCAAUAACAUCUGUAAACGUCCCAGCAAACAUUGACGGAACAAAAGUCUCAAGUUAUAUCAUGCAAAAUUAUAAAGUCGAAAUUUCUGGUGGUCUUGGCCCUACAGUUGGAAAAAUAUUCCGAAUUGGAUUGAUGGGCACCAAUGCAAGAGAUGAAUUUGUUGAUAAAGCUAUUAACCUUUUAAUCGAAGCUAUCGAAGCUGUUAAAAGUCAAAAGCUCUAAGCAUCUUUACAAAAAAUGUGCUUCCAAGAAGUUUCCACGAUGUCAAACACUUAACAUUAGCAGCAUCAAAAUAUUUUGCUCCAGUUUAAAAAACAAAUUUUUCUAUGCUUAAAAUGGGUUAAGGAUGAAAAUUGAUAUUUCAAUCGACUUUUAAAAGCUGCGUAUCAGUCUGAAGUGGCCUUCAAAAGUCGAGCGAAUUUGAUUCUAUUACAAUAAAAAAUAAUCAGUAAA